CUCAGAUACAUUGAAAUGGUUCGAUUUUCUAAGACAAAGUGCUUGCAGCGUGUUGGAAAAUGUGUUUUACUAUCUGGACUACUAACACUGAUUGCAGUCUUAAUGCUGGUGCAUAGAAACGAGGAAUGCAGUGUGAAACAUUUCCAAGAAGAAUCUAUUUUUCGUUUCAGUACAAAAUGCAGGAGUGAGUUUUAUGAGCGUUUCCGCUUAACUUCAAAGAAUUCAGAUAAGUGCUCUAGUAUCAUAAAGGGGGACCCUGAAGCUGUUGAACUGACACGUCUGGAAAGAAUUCUCAGAAACAAGCAAUCAGCUGUAAAUGAAUCUGUUUACUUGAAUAUGACACAAGAUUGCUACUCUUUUAAAACUUCACAGAAAUAUAUCACUUUUCCGCUCAGCAGAGAAGAAGAAGAUUUUCCCAUUGCAUAUUCAAUGGUUAUACAUGAAAACAUUGAAAUGUUUGAACGACUUUUAAGGGCUAUUUAUGCUCCACAGAAUAUCUACUGUAUCCAUGUGGAUAAAAAAUCUCCAAAACAAUUUAUGCAAGCUGUUGGUGCAAUUGCAUCUUGCUUUGAUAAUGUUUUUCUUGCCACUAAACAGGAAAAUGUGGUCUAUGCAUCUUGGUCUAGAGUACAGGCUGAUCUGAACUGCAUGGAAGACCUACUUAGAAGUAAAGCACAGUGGCAUUAUUUAAUUAACACGUGUGGCAGUGACUUCCCUAUAAAAACUAAUGCUGAGAUUGUUAAGAUUCUAAAAAUACUAAAUGGCAAAAACAGUAUGGAGUCGAUAAAAACACCAGGAAAUAAAAAGUAUCGUUGGAUGUUUCACUAUGAUGUGAAUAAAUCUGUGGUAAGGACUAAUACAAAGAAAAGUCAACCACCAAUUACAACUCCAAUGUUUGCUGGAAAUGCUUAUUUUGUUGUAACAAGAGAAUUUGUAAAACAUUUGUUUGUGGAUUCAGUUGUACAGAAACUAAUUGAGUGGGAGAAGGACACCUACUCCCCAGAUGAGCAUCUCUGGGCUACACUGCAACGUAUGCCUGGAGUUCCAGGUUCAUACCAACAAAACAGUGAGUAUGAUACAUCAGAUAUGAUCUCAUUUGCUAGACUGGUGAAAUGGAUAUAUUCUGAAGGUGAUAUCAACAAAGGGGCACUUUAUACUCCAUGUACAGGUACGCAUCGACAUGGAGUUUGCAUAUAUGGAGCAGGCGAUCUCCAAUGGAUUCUACAGAAUCGCCACCUAUUUGCAAACAAGUUUGACCUUACAGUGGACAGAACUGCAUUUGAGUGCCUAGAGGAAUAUCUGAGGCACAAAGCUUUUUAUGGAGAGGGUCUCUGAAGCAUUAAUUCUAAAACACAGCUGAUUAAAUAACACUCUUUAGUAUUUUAAAAUAAUAAUAAUAUAUCAUUUAUACAAUGCAUGCAGGUUCUGGAAAGGUGCAGGCUUGUUUUUUUAUAUAUUUAUGCAAAAAUACAGGUGUCACAGAAGUGAUAUUUUGUGAUAACAAAGACAUGAAAGGAAUUAUCUGCUGGUAUGUGCAAUUUCUCUGAAACUCACAUUAAGCAUGUGCGUACAUUUCAUGCCAUAAUCUGCUAUCCCUGCAAAAAUAAAAGCAUUGCAGUGUUUAAACUUUGAUAAACAGAAGGUAUCAUGGUUGAAACGGUAAGUAAAUGUUAGUUUUUUAAGGAUAAUGUAUUUUCUUGG